AUGAUCGACGAGCUCCUUCGUUACGAGCAGCCGGAUCGAGUUGCUCCCUUCCAAACCGCUAUUGUAACAAAUGGCGGGUUUGUUUAUCCAACAAACGAGAUCUCCGAAGGCCUCUGUGCCAAUUAUGCGUAUUACGGGACGCAGUAUGGAACCGAGGUGAGAUGAGCGUUUUCCUUGCUCUGGCGAGAAAUUUGUGUGCGAGACGCCCGUGGGUCGUCACAGGCUGCGACUUCGCCAUUCAAGUCAGGAGCCCUCGGAGGCGUCAUUACCUGCCCGUUCCGAGUGAAGAAUGAGGCUCUGUCUGUUCACUAUGUACGCUAGUUUAAAAGGAAACCUCCUCCGUAGCACAAACACCGCGAGGAUAUUGACAUGCUUGCGGACGGACAAGUCAUUGCUUCAUGAUCGGGUUCCAAGUUUGCACUGGCUUCAGUGAGACAAGGAACAGCGUGCCAGACCGAAACAGAAACAUGGCGGGAUUGCUUUCUCUGUUGCAGACUACUUGCACACACAUGUACUGUAGUACAGACACCUAUACGAUCCUGGUGCGCGCGGCAUCACGAAGCUUUCCUCGAACCCAGCCGCGCUUGUGGACGUUGGCUCAUCAGUCUAUUAAACUCCGCCCUCCAUUUGUCACGCCCAGAAAACGGCUC